AUGCGGUCGAUCCCGUCGAUGCUGGCGCGCACGCCGCCGCCGCUGGUCGUCGAGGUGCGCGAUGCUCGUGUUCCGUUUACAAGCAUCAAUCCGAAUUUUGAGGCGGCCCUGCGGAAUGCGCCCGCCGCACAGCAGCGCGUGCGAGUGGCGCCGCGCACCUACCUGCCCGGCUGGAGCGCGCGGCGGCUCGUCGUGUAUACGAAGCGCGACCAGGUGGACACGAAGCUGGAGGGGCCCAUCCUCCGUGCGCUGGCGCAGCACACACACGACCAGAGCGUCAUCGAUAUGCAGCGUGUGUACGACUGGGUCGUGGCGCGUGCGAAGACGCUGGCCAAGCCAGCUGCGCAGGCUGGCACUCACGCCUCGAACCACCAGCGGCACGCGCGCCUGUCUGGAGCGGCGCGGUACACGCCGACGCCCGAGACAGGCGUGCGUGUGCUGGUUGUGGGCAUGCCGAAUGUAGGCAAGAGCUCGCUGCUGAAUGCGCUGCGCUUUGUCGGCACCGGCAAGGCGAGCGCAGCGAGCACGCACCCACACCCGGGCCACACUCGCAAGGUGACGGGCACGGUGCGCAUCACGCCUGAUCCGCCAUCGCUCGCGCAGCUCGAGAUGACGAGCCCGGUCAACAUGAAGUCUCUGGUGGCGCGCGAGCGCGAGCGCGGACCUGCCGUGUACGUCUACGACACGCCCGGGAUCAUGCUGCCGUACCUGGGCCCCGCGGAGCGCGGUGGCACGGAGCGCGCGAUCAAGCUGGCGCUCGCAGGCUGCAUGAAGCAGGCGCUUUUCGAUGCCGAGACGCUCGCAGACUACCUGCUCUUCCGCAUGAACCAGCGCUACGUGUACGCGCUGGCGCAGGGUGACCGCACGCUGCCGCCGUACACGGCGCUGAUGCACGAUCCCGCGCCGACCGACGACGUCAAGGUCUUUUUGACGCGUGUGGCCGAGCGUGCGCCGGGCGCGCGGCAGAAAGGCGGCGCACUCAACCUGGCUGUGGCCGCUGACUAUGUCAUUGCGCAGUUCCGCCGCGGGCUCCUCGGCCCCCGCGAGCUGGACCUGACGUUGCAGGAGGGGCGGCCCAUGCCCGGCGCGUCGUUGGACGCGCGCGUGGCGGACCAGCUGGAGGCGUACCUCCUAGGUCCAGGCGAUCCACAUCGGCCGGGGGACGACGCGCCUCCACACCCCACGUAG